AUGGCUACCAUGGCAGCGGCUGCUCGUGAUAUCUCCCAGGCCUCCUUGAGCCGAGACAACUUAGCUGUUGUAGCGGCCCGAGGCGUCCCUGCGACUGUGACACGCUCUCAACAACCCCUCCCUACUCCCCCCAACUCCAUCUCUCCCAACCUGCCGCCUCACGGGCUUAAGGCGCAGCUCCAGAAGGCCAAGCUUGAGCCUAUCGACUCAGACCUGGACCUUCACGAGCCUUCGGAUCGACGACGAUCGAUCUCGCCAGCCCUCGAGGCCUCGGGUGCCAUUACUGGCUCUCUCCUCGCCAAAUACCACUUGCCAGAGAUCCUGCUCAGUCAUGGUCCCUUGGCUAUCCGUCAUAUUAUGGGUUACCUAACCACUUCGGUACCCGGAUUCUCGGGAAUCCCUCCAACAAAGGCGCGGAGACUAGUCGUGGGAGCUUUGGAAGGUCGAGGAGGAGAAGGCGGUGGACUGAACGGGGAGGUGGAAUUUGAAAAGGUGGGAUGGGGCCGCUGGGAUGCUCGUAAGCGAGGGGAGCCAUCUCGACACCGACAAGGUACUCCUCCAUCUUCUUAUGGGGCCGGUAUUCCUAUCAACAAGAAUGGCGGUCGGGGUCAAGGCCGCUACCGACAAAGCACUGCAUCAAGCAAUGGGGAUUCUGUUCAGUUUUCCCAUGAGGACCACGAAAUUUACAUGAUGGAGCAUGAAGCCGAUAAAAUGUCCAUGGACGGAUCCGGGUCCGCUUCGUGCUCUGAAGCUCCUGAUGAUGAUGUCGUCAUGAACGACGACCCUGAGGAUGCGACUGAUGAUGAGGAUUGGGCCACAAUGGGAGCUGCUGCUCUCCGAGCAGAAUCCUACCCCAACCCGGCAGCGGCUCAGAUUGAGCAAGGCUUCCGAUCCUCUUCGGCUUAUGCACCCGGUGCGCUUCGUUCGUUCUCCGCCAGCUCCGGCAUGGCACGCACACCGCAACCCUUUAACAUCGACUUCUCGGCGUUUGCGGGUCCCUCUGGCGCACAGGAGCGGGAAGCCGUUGAGGCUCUUCUGCAGCUCGGUGCUGUAUAA